UUGGAUUUGUAUUGAAGGAAUUAUUCAUGAUGUUAGUGAAUUUAUUGAAGAACACCCUGGUGGUAGAUCAAUAAUAGCAGCUUCAAUAGGGAAGGAUAUGACGACAUCUUUUAAUGGUGGCGUUUAUGAUCACUCUAAUGCCGCCAGAAAUCUAAUGGCGUCUUUGCGCGUUGGUAUUAUUGCGGGUGGAGGCGAAGUUGAAAGUCGUAAAACGAGAUAA